AUGCCCCUGCCUGAGAGCUUUGCCGAGCGCUUGCGUCUGCCGGUGAUCGGCGCGCCGCUGUUCCUGAUCUCCUCGCCCGAGCUGGUGAUCGCCCAGUGCCGGGCCGGCAUCGCCGGGACCUUCCCGGCGCUCAACGCCCGCCCGGCCGAGGCCUUGGGGCGCUGGCUGGAGCGGAUCGAGACGGCGCUGGACGCCGAGGCGGCGCCCUACGGCGUCAACCUGAUCGUGCACCGCUCCAACCCGCGCCUGGAGCAGGACCUGGCGACGGUGGUGGCCCACCGGGUGCCCUUCGUCGUCACCUCCGUGGGCGCGCCCGACGCGGUGGUCGAGCGGGUUCACGCUUACGGCGGCCUGGUGUUCCACGACGUGGUCAACCUGCGCCACGCCCGCCGGGCGAUCAAAAGCGGCGUCGACGGCCUGAUUCUGGUGGCCAGCGGCGCCGGCGGCCAUGCCGGCACGCUCAGCCCCUUCGCCCUGCUGCCCGAGGUGCGCGCCGAAUUCGACGGCACCCUGGUGCUCGCCGGCGCGAUCGGCUCGGGCCAGGCGGUGCGCGCCGCGCGGGUGCUGGGCGCCGAUCUCGCCUACAUGGGCACGCGCUUCAUCGCCAGCCGCGAGGCCGAGGUCAGCGAGGACUACAAGCGGAUGAUCGUCGACUCGACGGCGGCCGACAUCGUCUACACGCCGGCCUUCACCGGCGUGCACGGCAACUACCUGCGCCCCUCGAUCGAGCGUUGCGGGCUCGAUCCCGACAACCUGCCGCCGCUCGAUCAGGUGGCCGUCGCCGACCACGAGAAGCGGCCCAAGCGCUGGAAGGACAUCUGGGGCGCCGGCCAGGGCGUGGGCACGGUCGCCGACGUGCCGGGCGUCGCCGAGCUGGUCGCGCGACUGGCGCGCGAGUACCUGGCGGCCGGCGCGGCCACGGCGGCCGAUCCCUUCGACCGGCGCCUGCGCGCGGCCGCCGGCGCGCCGAAGACUCCCACGGCCGCAUUGUAG